AUGUCAAGGAUAGCUAUUACUGGGACUUGGGUUUCUUUAUUUGUUCUCAUGGUUGUUACGGUUGUGUUGGAACUGACUGUCAAAGCUGUAGAACGAAAUGUUCGAAAAUGGUUGGACAAACAUAAACGAGCCGCACGGGUAAUCACUAACGCAAUUUUAGCCUGGUAUUACAGGCCUGACGGACCAAGGAUGAAAAUUGCCGAAGAAAGUUUUAAAAAAUUAAUUGUGGAUCAGGAUAAAAAUUCUCAAAGAUUGGGCUAA